GGCGUCGAAGAAGUUGGAAGCGCUUCGGGCUGGUUUUCCUUCACACUUUCCAUCCUGUUAGCUGGCAACGGUGGAACCAGUUGGCGUCAGUUAGCCCCGCACAGCCCGCAGGCCGACCACAUGACCGAGAUCAGUCAUGGAAGAACAGCAGAGAAUCGAUCUGACUUACAUCACGGAACGCAUCAUCACCAUAGUCUGCCCCCCUGGAUGUCCAGAGAAGAUCUACCUGCAGAACCUGCAGGAGAUCAUUUUCCUGUUGCGGUCCAAGCACGGACAUCACUACAUGCUCGUCAACCUCUCACAAAAAACCCAAACCCUCACACACAUGAACCACAAGGUUUUGGACACAGGUUGGGUGGAGCUCCUGGCCCCUGACCUGGACCAGAUCUUUAGCGCGUGCACGACGAUGAGGGACUGGCUGCAAACACAUCCGAAGCACGUCCUGGUGUUACACUGCAGGGGGUGUAAAGGCCGUCUCGGAGUUCUGGUGGCUUCUUACAUCCACAUCUGCAACAUGUCAGCCAGUGCAGAACUUUCUCUCGACCAUUUUGCCAUGAGGAGGUUCUACAACGACAAACUGUCAGCUCUGAUGACCCCCUCGCAAAAACGGUAUGUGUGGAUGCUGGGAAGCAUGUUAAAGGGCGGACUCAGGAUGUCUCCCUCGCCGUCUUUCCUCCUGUGUGUUGUUCUUCACCGGCUUCCUAAAAUAAGACCAGAUGGAGCAUGUUGUCUCUUCCUGAGAGUCUACCAGAGUCUACAAGCUGUUUGCACGUCAGCAGUCUACCGUGUCAAUGCAGCCCAGACGGACCGCCUCUACUUUGUGCUGCAGCCAGCUCAGCUGCUCAAAGGGGACAUCAUGGUGGUUUGUUAUGAUAAAAACAGCCAGUCAGCCAGCCGCCAGGUCGUCUUCCGUCUCCAGUUUCAUACGGGUCUCGUAGUAGGAAACAACCUCACUUUCUGCAAGGCCGACCUCGACUGUGCCGAUGAAGAUGCUCGGUUCCCAGAAGAUGGAAAAGUGGAGCUGUUGCUCUCUGACAGCCCUGAAAAGAUUACAGGCAGAGAGCUGUGGAGCAACGGGCGCUGUGUGACCGUGGACUAUGACACCUUAGACCCUUUGGUCAGACGAGAUUCAUAUCGAGACACGUCUCCUCUUGAGACAGCUCCACCUCACACGCUCGGCCCUGGAAAUGGGAGUUGGUUUGCCAAAGUGAGGAAGACGAGUAGCGAGGAAGGAGCCUCGUUCCGCCUGGCCACCAGCAGCCCCGUCUGCAGUGACCAAGCUCCAUCGGUCAGCAGUGACUCCGGCCUGUCUGUCGCCUCUCAGGGGCGGACCGGAGUCGGACAGAGCAGGGGGGCGGCGCGGGACAAGUUCACCCAGGCCGGGAAGCUGCUCUCCGGGUUGGACUUUGAGAUCGCUCAGCCUCCUGUGGAGGUCAUGACUGACCUUGCUGCUUCCUGCGGAUGGGAGGGGGAGACGACCGGGGGUGAAUCUGAGCUGGGACACGCCGUCAACGGCGAGGCCUCGUCCGGCGAGAGGGAGACCGACAUACUAGAUGAUGAGGACGACGUGGAUGGCGUGGCACCUCCUGCUUCCGACAUGCCGAGCUCGAGCGGCAUCGGCUCCCUCCCCUCCGACAACCUGCCCCAAACUGAGAGAUCGGCCCACGCCGAGUACUCCACGCACUCCUGGGUUCGCCAACAGCAGAUGGUUGACGUUGGGGGAGAGAUGUUGGACAACGGGCUGAGAAAACCGAGGCCGUCGGCUCGGGUUGCUCCCAACACCCCGCGCCGAGGACACAGCAGCAGGGAGGCCGCGCAGAGAGGGCCGGCGAGCGAGGAUGGCGCGCACAGCGUCCCACAAAACACCGACGUCACUCACAACGCACAGUCGGUCCAUGCGGCUUCGGCUCCAUCCUGCCAAGACGAGGACCUGUCGUCGUUGAACACAGAUGCCGACGAGUCCAUAGAGCAGCUGAACCGGCUGAUUUUGGAUUUGGACCCCACCUUUGUUCCCGUUCCCACCCGCUGCGCGCCGGUGUCCCGCUCCGCCUCCGUCCACUCCAACGGACUCAGCCCCAAGGGAGAUACCCAUCGGUCAGUCUGGAAGCAGCAGAUGCAGGCCAGUGAUGUGACGGACUACGCUGGUCUCCACGCCCCAGGGCGGAUGCGGGGUGGUGCUCAGAGCUUCAGAGGCUCCCCCAUCCACAGCCCCCCCUUCUCACCAUCCCAGCAUGGGAAUGUCUACAAAACCAACAGCGUGGACUAUCGGGGACAUACAGGCAGCCCUGACAUUGUCCCCGCCACCCCGGGCUUCCCAGUGUCUCCGCCGACACCCUACGUGAAACAUUUCCCAGAGUUUUCCCAGUUCACGACUAGCGGGCAGUGGGAGCAACACAGCUGGACACAAGAAUCCCGGAGUUUCCUGGACGGUGUGAACCACGCCGGCGGCGCCACAGAGGGAGAGCUGUUCAGGUCCGAAGGGUCGGUUCCUCCUGCUUCCCGUCAGAGGAUCUUUGGCUCCAUGUGCUCCAUGUCACCAGACGUCAGCCCCCUCCCACACACGGACAGCUCCACACCUCCUCCUGUGUGGCAGGACGGUCCAAACUCCCUGAACUCUCCGUAUCGCCUCCAGCCCUCACCUCCACUCUCCCUCAGCACUCCCGAUGCCCACAGCUCUCCCCGGGGGGGUCUGAGAGGCCUGGGCGGAGGUUCGGGGGUGCGCAGGGAGACCGGCAGCAGUGACUUGUCCUCGUUGCUGUUGGGGAACGGCGGCCUGGAUCGCAGCCUGCUGGAGGCCGUGGAGGGCCUCGGGAGUCUGAACCUCGGGGGAGAGGGGGGCCUCCCUCCACUGCUGCCUGAGAAGAGGAGAUGGGGCGAGGGGGGGGGGGAGGUCCGCUCUCGCUCGCUAUCUCCUGCGGGUUUUCCAGCCUCUCACAGCGGCAGCAGUCUCAGCAUUCCCUUCUCCUCCUCAAUGACCCCCGACUCCCUCAGGGCCCUCAGCGGGGCCCCGUCACCUGGAGCAGACUUCGGCAGCAAGCACGACACUGUGAAGUUUGUUCAGGACACUUCCAAGUUCUGGUACAAGCCCGACAUUUCCAGAGACCAAGCCAUCGCAGUGCUAAAGGACAAAGAGCCGGGCUCGUUCAUUGUCAGAGACAGCCAUUCCUUCCGAGGGGCCUACGGGUUGGCCAUGAAGGUGGCCACGCCGCCUCCGUCUGUGGUACAACAGAGUAAGAAAGUGGGGGACCUGUCCAAUGAGCUGGUGAGACACUUCCUGAUAGAGUGCACGCAGAAAGGAGUUCGUCUGAAGGGUUGCCCCAACGAGCCCUACUUUGGGAGUCUCACGGCUCUGGUGUGUCAGCACUCCAUCACCCCUCUGGCUCUGCCUUGUAAACUCAUCCUGCCGGAUAAAGACCCGAUGGAGGAGCCCAGUGACUCUCCUCCACAGACGGCAACCAAUUCAGCGGCGGAGCUCCUCAAACAGGGAGCAGCGUGUAACGUGUGGUACCUGGGCUCUGUGGAGCUGGAGUCGCUGACGGGUCAUCAGGCGGUCCAGAAGGCGACCACGCUGACCCUCUCCGCGGACCCCCCCCCGGCCUCCACCGCCGUCCACUUCAAGGUGUCGGCGCAGGGGAUCACGCUCACCGACAACCAGAGGAAGUUGUUUUUCAGGAGACACUACGCGGUCAACACCGUCAUCUUCUGUUCUCUGGACCCGCAGGGCAGGAAAUGGACAAGAGGCAGCGGUUCCACUGCAAAGAUCUUUGGAUUUGUCGCCAGGAAAUCUCAGAGUGAGACUGAAAACAUUUGCCACCUGUUUGCUGAACACGACCCCGAGCAGCCGGCCAGCGCCAUCGUCAACUUCGUCUCAAAAGUCAUGAUUGGGUCGCACAAGAAGUGAGUGAAGAAAGUCACCGCAGGCCGAAGAGCCUGACCUGGGGAUCUACUUCCGACCCCCGACAUUGUAAGAAUACGAAUGUGGAUCUAAGGAAGUGAAUAGACAAACUAUGACCCCACACACUCCACCGCCUGGUCCUGCUGGUCAGUCCUAACAGAGGAACUUUAGUGGUUUUCUGUGACUGCGCUACGAGAUGCCGCCACCAGGGGGAGCAAAGACCGUGUGACGUUAAACUCACCCGCAGGAGGCUUUAAGAUGGAUCCUUAGUCUGACUGAACCUCCAAACGUAGUGUAAAUGUACUAUAUUAUACCAACUUUACUUUACACAGUCUAAAAAACUCAACACAUUUGCUUUUGAUCAAGCCUGGAGAAUAUCUAAUAUUCUGCACAUGAACAUUUUUUUGAAGAGUCCAAAAGCUUUUUAUUUUUGUGUAAACCAGGUAUCGAGACACAGGCCCUUUUGGUAUGUUAAGACAAAACCCACGAUAUCGUGACAGGACAAAGCCAGUAAUGUGUUCGCCCUGUGCCUGAGAUGGAUUUAUUGUGUUUAGAGUAUUUAUCCCUUUUUACAGAUGUGGAAAAGUUAUUUUGCCUAAAAACACUUGUCAUAUAUUUUUGUAUAUUCACAUACUGUACAUUAGGUUUAAAAGCGGUCAACCCAAGAAUUUAUAAGUUUAUUUCACAUAUUGUUGAAGUAUUUACAUACCAGAAAGAUACUACAUAAGCUGCCCAUGUGUAUUAUAUGUAUUACUAAUAUGUUGUAGAUGUUAAUAUGUUCCUUUUACAGUAACUCAAUACAUAUUUAUGUACAAUUAUUUUGCCGUGAAAAAUGUCAUUCCAAUUUUCUCUAUGAAGAGAUCAAAUAGUCACUGUGGGAAAAGUCGCGCCUCAGCAUUAUUUCCUUUGACAUCUUCCUCUGUUCAUCCGUUCAUCUCUGUUGAUCAUUUAGUAUCUCUAAUUCUGAGAUAAUAUUAAAGCGUCGGUGGGGCAAUUUCCCCCCAAAACAACA